UCCUCGCCGUACCCAUCCCCGCACAUCCCACACCGAGGAAGAAGGAAGCACGAGCGGCAUAUGUCACAGAGGGCCAGCGUCCCACACUCCUCCUGCAUAGCCUUCGCGCUCCAUUCCCAUCUCCUGGUCUCCAGUGAGAUGUGCCCCAACUCCUAUUGGCAAUAGCCUCCCCUCCCCUCCUCGGGUAGCUAAGCUUACCUUUUUUUCCCCCGUUUCUUUUGGUUUCCGUUUGCUCGAGCUUUCUUGAGCUUCCUUUUUUGGGAUCUCUGGAUCUUUUUCUUUGGUCUCGAGUCCGUCUCUGAUAAAAGAGGAGGGAGGAACCGAGGCGACGAACAAGCAAGCAAUGGGGCUGAAGGGGUUCGUCGAGGGCGGCAUCGCGUCCAUCGUGGCCGGGUGCUCGACCCACCCGCUCGACCUGAUUAAGGUCCGCAUGCAGCUCCAGGGGGAGACGGCCGCGCCGCGCCCGGCGGUCGCGUUCCACGCCAGCGCGCGCACCGUGGCGCUCCCACACCACCACGACAUCCCGGCGCCGAGGAAGCCUGGGCCGCUCGCCGUCGGCGCGCAGAUCCUGCGCUCCGAGGGCCCUGCGGGGUUCUUCUCCGGGGUGUCCGCCACCAUGCUGCGCCAGACGCUCUACUCCACCACGCGGAUGGGGCUGUACGACAUCCUCAAGACGAAGUGGACCCAGGAGAACGGCGGCGUGCUCCCGCUGCACCGCAAGAUCGCGGCCGGGCUCAUCGCCGGCGGCGUCGGCGCGGCCGUGGGCAACCCGGCCGACGUGGCCAUGGUGCGGAUGCAGGCGGACGGGAGGCUCCCGCUCGCCGAGCGCCGGAACUACCGCAGCGUCGGGGACGCCAUCGGCCGGAUGGCCCGCGACGAGGGCGUGCGCAGCCUGUGGCGCGGGUCGUCGCUGACCGUGAACCGCGCCAUGAUCGUGACUGCGUCGCAGCUGGCCACGUACGACCAGGCCAAGGAGGCCAUCCUGGCGCGCCGCGGCCCGGGAGCCGACGGGCUGGCGACGCACGUGGCCGCCAGCUUCACCGCGGGCAUCGUGGCCGCGGCGGCGUCCAACCCCGUGGACGUGGUGAAGACGCGGAUGAUGAACAUGAAGGUGGCGCCCGGCGCGCCCCCGCCGUACGCCGGUGCCGUGGACUGCGCGCUCAGUACCGUGCGGUUGGAGGGCCCCAUGGCGCUGUACAAGGGGUUCAUCCCCACGGUGAUGCGCCAGGGCCCCUUCACCGUGGUGCUCUUCGUCACGCUCGAGCAGGUGCGCAAGGUCUUCAAGGGCGUCGAGUUCUAAGACCAACCAUGGCGACGACGAUGAUGACGACAACUACCACCGUAUCACCACCAUGUCCGCUGCUACGAAUAUCACUGCUACCAUAGAGGCGGAGAUUAUGAGUAUACCUUUGCAUCCCGUGUCAUUUUUGCUCCAUCUCGUCCUGCAUCCCAGUGUAUUUGGAUGGAUUUGAUCAAUGCUCAAUGAAAAUUUAAAUCUUUAUA